UCUUUAGGGUCAAAGGUCAAGUCUUAUUCCUGCAAACUUGUCCAAAAUAAGCCUAAGCAAUAGGGAAAGUUUAAAAUCUUUCUCUCUUCUCCUUAUUCCUACAGAUACAUUGAACAAGAACAAGGAUAAGUAGAGGAGAGAACUCCAUCAAACAGAAUGACAGAUACGCCUUUAGACUCGAGUACUCAAAACAUGGAAGGGGCAGGUGUUAAGAAUGACGCUGGUGAGGCGGAUACGGCGGUGGAAACUGUCGGAGGAAGUGGUGACGAAGGGGGACGUGGAGAGACAAUUCCUGGCAAGAUAGGUGAUGAUAGGCGUACGGAGGAUGUGGAAGAGAAAGAAGAAGAAGAAGAAGAAGAAGAAGGCAAAGAGGACGGGCCAAAGGUGGCUGAAGAGUUCUACGAAGUUGAAGCUAUCCGUCAUAAGCGAGUUCACAAAGGUGAGGUGCAGUAUCUGAUCAAAUGGAAAGGAUGGCCUGAAACUGAUAACACCUGGGAGCCUCUAGAGAAUCUGCAGUCUCUUUCUGCUUCUAUAGAUGCAUUUGAAAAACGUUUGAAGAAGGCUGAUAAGAAGCGGAAGAGCCAGUAUGGAGGUUCUAAUUCUCAGUCGAAGAAGAAGAAGCAGCAGAAACGGUUAACAUCCACAUCACAUGAUGCUUCUGAGAGAACCGAUCCGACACUCAACGAGUUAAAGGGACAAGUCACUAACAGUGACGGUUCGGGGAGUUCCCAAGAGGGAGAAGCAGCCAUUGGUUCUGAGGGUGAUAAUGCAAGAACAAAUGACCUUCUCAAGGGUAAGCGUAAGGAGAAGAGUGGUGUCAGAGGUGUUAAGCGGAGGAAGCCUAGUAUUGUGAAAAAAUACAUGAUACCAGAUGAAACCACCACAAGUAACAACCAGACAAUAACAGCUACCGAUCAGAACGAGACACCAAACUUGGACAUCGUGAGGAUCAUCAAGCCAGUGGAGGUUAUUACUUCUAUAACAAACAAUGUACAAGACUCGUUGGUAACUUUCUCGGUGCAGAGGGCUGAUGGGGAGGAAGUAACGGUUGACAACAAGUUUCUCAGGGCUCAUAAUCAUCAUCUGCUGCUUGAUUUCUACGAGCAACAUAUCACAUACAAGUCCUAAAGCUAAGGAAAAUGUUUGGAAACAGUGGUGCUUGUAGGUAGACUGAGAUUAGAUCUGUAGAAUGGAGGUAGUGGAGAGCUGUUAUUCUUGGAGGUGUGAGAUUGUAUUCUUAUCUCCUCUGGUUCGUUGAUGAGUUCACUUUCAGUUAUAUCAAUGUCUCUUGGACUUUACAUUUUUCUGUUAUAGCAAAUCUUGGCUCUUGGACUUCUUUUUUUUUUUUUUCUGUUAUAGCAAAUCUUGUCUCUUGUCACUUACAGUUAUAUCUUGUCUCUUGGAUUUUACAUUUUUCUAACCAAGAAUUUUGUUAAACUUGCUUGUUCAAAGAUUAAG